UGGGAGGGGAAAGCAAAUGGGGAAAAGCAGCAGUUUAUUAAACAAAAAAUGGCGUCCUGUGUAUUGGCAUAGAAAUGAAAUGACUUGAGUCUAUUCCGAGAAACAAGUUUUAGUCGGACUCUUGACACGUUGAAGCUUGAAGGGAAUUUCAUUGUGGUCACAUCUUAAAAUGGAAGAUACCUCUGGAAGUGAUGAGAGUGGAGAUGGAAAUGAUAAUUCAGAAAAUAUUGAUUCAUCUCAUGACAAAAAGCAUAAAGGUGCUGAAGCAUCUUGCAAGUCUAAGCGUAGCGUCAAACGCAGAUUGAAAACAUUUUCUUUUGGAAAGUGGCAAAAGGGGUUCAACAAAGAGAAGCCAAAAAAGAGGACAUUUAGCUUAAACAAAGAUGCUUGGCAAAGUUGCAGUUCCGUUGUUUCAGAAGCUUCUCUCGACAACGCUACUUGUAUAUGUACUGGAUAUCGCAAAACAAAAAGUUCUGACAGACGCAAUGCCAUUGAAGCGACUCCUGAACUACGGCCAUGCCGCAGGACGGAAGUGAAGGGAAACCAUCUUUUGGCAGCUAUUGCUUGUGCAAGAAGUGCUGUUGCGGAAAAUUCUCGUUCUAGAGAAGAUAGUAAUUCUGAAAGUUCUCAGCAGGUUGAUGAAGCCUCAAACAGUAAUCUCAUCAUCGCAUGCCAGUCUUCUCAGCAAACUUUAUCAAUUAAUGAAAUUAGUAUUAGUGAAUUGACUUUGGCUCUGCAAACCCACAUGAGGUUCUCCAUUGUACCUAGCCCUUUCUUCAUCCGAUACGGUAAUGUUGGAUACAAUGUAGAAAGCAGAAAUGUUUUUGAACGUAGGUCAUGUAGCCUUAACAUGUUUUCCACUGCCCAUACUCAAAUUGAUUAUGUACAUCACCUUGUCCCUGAUUUAUUAGAGAUAACUAAUUGCAGUUUCUAUUGGGGCAAAAUGGAUCGUUACAAAGCAGAAAAGCAACUGGAUAAGAAACCUGAAGGAACAUUUUUGUUGAGAGACAGUGCACAAGAGGAAUUUCUUUUUAGCGUUAGUUUUCGACGCUAUGGAAGAACUUUACAUGCUCGAAUAGAGCAGCUAAACCAUAAGUUUAGCUUUGAUUCUCAUGAUCCAAAUGUUUUUACCUCGUCUACUGUAUGUGGUUUAGUGGAGCACUAUAAGAACCCCAGAUGCUGUAUGUUCUUCGAACCUAUGUUAACCAUACCGGUGCAUCGUACAUUUCCUUUCGAUUUGCAGCAUCUCUGCCGUGCGGUGGUUUCAGAUAGCAUUACCUAUGAUGGCAUUAAUCAACUGAAGCUACCUAAAAAAAUUAAAGGCUAUCUAAAAGAGUAUCACUACAAACAGAGAGUGAGAGUACGACAUCUCGAAAAUGAUAAUUUUGUUUAAUUUGUAUUCGCAGUCAACAAGUCUUCAUAUUAGUAAGCACUUCUGUAAAAGAAAGAGCUUAGAAAGAAUUUGAUGGUCAUAAACCAUGCAUUUAAAAAUGUGGUGUACGUUGUACUCUAAAGUUGUUUUUUUAAAUGAAAAUUACAAUUUUUGAAUUGUAUAAAAAUUAGUGAACUAUAUCAUAUUGGUAGCAUUAAAAAGAACUGCUGAUGUUGGAUUGUUGAUAAAAUUUUUAGUUUAGUUUUUUCAAAAAACGUUUUCUUCAUGUGUAUAUAAGUUGUAUAGAAACAUCUGUACAUAUUAAAGAAUAACUUGUGUUGGGCAAAUCUUUAUUUUAUUCUAUUUCUUUUUUCCCCCUCUGUUUCAUCAACUUUUGUGAAAAAACAUUUCAUUCUAGUAUAUCAAGUUCUAUUUCAGCCCUUUAAAAUUUGUAACAAAAAUUUAAAUAUCAAUGCUGAAAACUAAUAAACAUUUGUAAUACAUAUUUCUUUUGCAAUAGAAAAUCACAACAUCCACUCAAAAACCGCAUUCUGCAAAAAAAAAAAAAAAAAAACGUUGACUGAUUUUUAAUUAUUAAUGUACCUAUGUAUCAAAGGAAUAAAUUGAUCAUCUUUACACAGCAUAGUCGUAAAUGUCCUACCUAAGUUGAUUUUAAGGUAAAAAACAAGCUUGAGGUAUAAUGGGUGGAGUCCCACUCAUGAGCAAUAUAAGCUCUUUCAUAAAUUCUCACAUGCUACUCUUAAAAGUAAAUAUGGUAAUAAACCUAUGAAAUAUCAAAAAAGUCAUGUUUAAUUAGUUUGUGCAUAAGUCCACUUUUUAUUUUAGCAGUAAAUUAGGACUGUCCUAAAUUGCUCUUAAAAUAUUGGCAUGUAUAAAUUUUGUUGCUUAUAUGUUAGACUAUCAUUGCAUUUAAUUAUAAUUGUACUGCUAUUGCUUUGUUGAAUCAAUAUGAACAUUAGAUUAAAUUAUUUUCUUGAUUUGUACUACUAGAUAGUAAAAGAUUUUGUUAAAAUAUGCCUCUGACAUUUCGCAAAAAGCAAAAUCUUUCAUACUCCCAUCAGAAAUGCCCUUUAUAUGUAAUAGAAGUUACUUUAUUCAAUCAUGUUUACAUAGCCAUUGGUCCUAUUUACUUAAAAAAAGUAUGCAACUAAAGAGAGUUUCCCAACCUUUUUCGGCUCAUGUACCACUUUUUAAAAAUGAUGGUAUUUCAUGAAAUUUGUUAUUGAGUGUUUUUAUUUACUCAAAUUAUAUAUACUUUAUUGGGUGAGCUUGUAUUCACAUCCCAUAAAUGAAAAUUAUAAUGAAACACCCUAAAAGUCAUGCUGGAUUAGAAA